UCCCUGUGCCAGGGAGCGAUGGGAGAAUCUGGGCGGGGCCAAGGUGACUCAUGCCUUGACCUUCUCCAGAUCACAGGGACCUGGUACCCAAAGGCCUUUGUGGUCAACAUGCCCUCGGUACCAGACUGGAAGGGGCCCAGGAAGGUGUUCCCCGUGACGGUGACAGCCCUGGAAGAUGGGAGCUGGGAGGCCAAGACCACCCUCCUGAUUAAGGGGCGGUGCCUAGAGAAGAAAGUUACUCUGCAGAAAACCGAGGAGCCUGGCAGAUACAGCGCCUCCACAGACCACGGCAAGAAGCUCGUGUACAUAGAAGAGCUGCCCGAGAGCCACCACUGCAUCUUCUACUGUGAAAGCCAGGGCCCGGGGAAGAAGUUCCGCAUGGGCAAGCUCAUGGGGAGGAGCCCCGAGGAGAACCUGGAGGCCCUGGAAGAAUUUAGGAAAUUCACGCAGCGUAAGGGACUGUUGGCCGAGACCAUCUUCACCCCUGAGCAGACGGACACCUGUGUUCCCGAGCACGACUAGGGUAAGUGAC